AUGGCAGCGAACGGCCGCGGUCGUCCGAGGGGCGGCGGCGCACCAAAGCCCAACCUCCCCGCCAACCCCUUCGGCACCGAGCCCGAGCCCGUUCCCGCCAAGGCGCCCGCCCCAAAAUCGGGUGCCAAGAAGCGCGGGGGUCGAGCCAACGCCGCGCCCGCGAGGACCUACGCGGAAUCCCGCGAUUUUUCCCUCCCGUCCUCCCUCGUGGAGUGGGCGCACUCCCCCGAGGGCAUCGAGCUCAUCCAGGGCGCCGCCGUCGGCAUCGGCGAGGUGACCUUCGACGACGCCAGGCGAGAUCGGAUCGUCCUCCACGGCGAUCUCCCCGAGGAGGUUGACCGCGCGGCUCUGCUCGUGGAAUCCGUCCUGGAGCGCAGGAUCAAGCUGCAGCAGAGGCUCGCGAUCAAGGAUAAGCUCGACCAGGAGCGCGCCAAGGUUCAGGACGAGCUCGACCGCGGCCUGAGGGUCGAGUUCACCGUGGAUCCCAAGUUCAUGGGCAUGGUGGUGGGCGCCAAGGGAUCUCGGAUCCGGAUGGUUCAGGAGCGAUGCAGGAUCGACAGGGUGGUGGUGGACAGGGAGGCGUGCGUCGUGCGCAUCGUCGGUUCGGACCCGGUGGAAGUCAGGAAGGCGAGGAACCUUCUGGAGGUGAAGGAGGAGAUCGUCGCCGCGCCCGACGAUCGCGCUCGGCGGGUGCUCAUCGGCAAGGGCGGCAAGAACAUCCAGGACGUCCAGAAACGUUCCGGAGCCGUCUCCAUCGACGUGGACCACGACGAGGGCGUGGUUCGCAUCCUCGGCACCGCAUCCGCCGCCGCCGCGGCCAAGGUCCUGGUCGAGUCCCUGGUGUCCCACCUGGACGAGAUGGACGCGGCGACGGAUGAGCUGGAGAAUUUGCGGUGGGAGAUUGAGAGGCUGGACACCGCGUGGGGCGAGGAUAACUUUUACAGCAGGGCUCCCGCGGGCGGUUACCCGUUCGGAGGUGGACGGGGCGGUCGCGGGGGAUACGGCGGCAGGGGCGGCGCGGGCGGCAGGGGCGGCGCGGGCGGCGGGGGUUCCGGAGGCCGAGGCGGCGGGGUGGCGGUUCCUCGGCAAGUCUCCGCGCCCGCGCCGAUACCCGCGCCCGCACCCGCGCCGCCCAAGGCUAAGGGUAAGAAGAAGGUCGAGGACGCCAAGCCGGCGUCCGCGCCCAAGCCCGCGGCGGAGGCGAAGCAGGCGCCCAAGCCCAAGCAGGCGCCCAAGCCCAAGCCGGAGAGUAAGGACUCCAAGCCGCCGGCGCCAAAGCCCGUCCCCAAGCCCGUCGCCGAGGCUCCCGCGGGUGCUCUCGAGCAGAGGCCGCCUCGCGCCAGGCGUCGUCGCGGCGGCGGCGGCGGUAAUGGCGGCGAGGGAGGUGGAGCCGCCGCGUGAGAGACGCGGUGAUUACGAGCAAAACCUGCAUUGGAAUGACCACCCCACGACGUUUG